AUGACACCGAGCAUGCAGCAAUUGGUGGACCUUGACCAUAGCGCACAGCAGGAACAAGUCGGCGAUGGCAAGCAUACUGGUCAUGCUAAAGAUCAUGGUCCCCUUCGGUCUGAGGGAAAAGCAGGCGUCACAAAGCUAUCAUCGUCGCUAGGGGCAAGGACACAGGCUCGACCGUUGUCCACAAUCUUCGAAACAGUUCGGACAUCCACAUGCUACACUCAGCCCCUGAGUCCUGGCUCAACGCCUCCCGAUGUGGACUACUCGACGAAGCCAGAUCUGGAGCAAUACUUGAGCCGCAAACCUGAGCCACGACGAAAGGUCUCACCGAGCGCUGCAUGGAGAGAGCUCGAUGGGACGGAUGUGGGCAAAAGGACGCGCAAGGAGCAGCGGAAGUGUCAUGCCAAUGCCGCAACCUGA